AUGCCCAGUCGGAGUCUGGGAUGGAACAGAUCUGGAAAUGCUACGGAAACAUCAACAUUGUUACCGGUACAUAAAAGUACAAAGAUAGAUCUGGAGAUAGCAUCGGAAGAUGAAAAGGUUGCUGAAAAGAGGCCCAAAUUAGGGACGUUCGAAGGGGUAUUCCUACCAACAGCUUUGAAUGAGCUUUCCAUUUUGAUGUUCUUGAGAUUUGGAUUUAUUAUCGGACAAAUGGGUAUUAUGGGAACAUUCUUGCUAUUAAUUAUGUCAUACACGAUAGACAUUCUUACGGUUAUGUCGAUCAGCGCAAUUUCUACGAAUGGUACGGUCAAAGGAGGAGGUGCGUAUUAUAUGAUAUCCCGGUCUUUGGGGCCCGAAUUUGGCGGUGCAAUUGGAGUAAUCUUUUGUAUCGGCCAAAUUUUAAAUGCAUCUUUAAAUGUUGUGGGUCUCAUAGAACCUAUUUUAGUCAACUUUGGCGAGCAUAAUGGUGAUAUUCUCCAAAUAUUACCAGUUGGAUAUUUUUGGCAGGCACUUUACUGUUCAAUAGUACUAGCCUGCUGCACUGGGGUGGCACUAGUCGGUGCUAAACUAGUAUCUAAAACUGCAUUUUACUUGUUCAUUAUCUUAUCGUUGAGCACGUUAUCGAUCCCAGUAUCAGCUCUUUUUGUGAAGCCAUUUAAUCCUUUACCUCCCCCACACCAAAAUCUAGCAUACACUGGAUUUUCUUGGUCGACUGUUAAGCAAAAUUUGUGGCCGCACUUUACAAGUGGAGCUGCUGGUUCAGUCUUAGCACCUGGAGAGAAGGAAUCAUUCAAAAAUUUAUUUGGAAUUUUUUUCCCUUCGACUGCAGGUAUAUUUGCAGGCGCUUCAAUGUCGGGUGAGCUUGCCAACCCAUCAAAGUCAAUUCCGCAAGGAACUUUGAAAGGGCUGUUACUUACGUUUAUCUUUUAUUCUUUGGUUAUAGCUAGUUUGGGCUCUACUAUAUCAAGAGAUCUUUUUUAUCAGGAUAUCAAAGUGAUUCAAACUGUUAACAUGCAUAAGGUAGUUGUGCUAUUAGGGGAAAUAUCUACGUCUCUAUUUUCUGCAAUCAUGGGGAUAGUGGGUGCUGCUACCAUGCUAUCUGCUAUAGCUGAUGAUAAGAUCAUUCCAGGUUUGUCGGCAUUUACUGUAUCGAAAAUGCCUGCGAGGGAGAGGAAACUAGGUGAAUCUUUAAGUGUUUUAGCAACGUGGUGUGUCGCCCAAACAUUUUUAUUUGCUGAUAUCAAUCAAAUUGCUACAUUUAUUACUAUGGCAUUUUUGAUGACAUUUAUUGUCACAAAUUUGGCUUGCUUUUUAUUACGAGUUGGCUCUGCACCAAAUUUUAGACCUUCGUUUAAAUAUUUCAGCUCUAGAACAGCCCUUACAGGCUGCUUAACAUCGAUAUUUGCUAUGUUCAUUGUUGAUGGAAUUUCUGCCUCCCUAAUUAUAGUGUUUUUGAUGCUUUUAAUUAUUAUAAUUCACUACCUUACACCACCCCUGAAGUUUGGUGACAUAUCUCAAUUACUAAUUUAUCAUCAAGUAAGGAAAUAUUUGUUACGAUUAAAAUUACAGAUGAGUGUUAAAUACUGGAGACCUCAGAUUCUCUUAUUAUGCGAUGACCCUAGAACAUCAUGGAAUUUAAUUGGUUUUUGCAAUCAUUUGAAGAAAGGAGGUUUAUAUAUCUUGGGGCAUGUGGUUGUCCUUAACGACGAAGCUAAGGCAGAAAACAAUGAGCUGGAAUUUGGUAUCAACUCAUAUAAAGAAAUUCAAAAACAGAGACAUGCUUGGCUGAAGCUUCGUGAUAUGUCAAAUAUCAAGGCAUUUGUCCAGAUUGCAUUAGGACCAACAUUGCCAUGGGGUGUUCGAAAUGUCUAUCUAGGAUCGGGACUUGGUGGUAUGAGACCAAAUAUCACAGUUUUGGGAUUUUAUGAUUUUGUAAAGCAUGGCGUUGAAUUACCAUUUCUAUCUUCCUUCAAGGAUAAAAAUAAAAUAACCGAGCUACCUACUGAUGAAUGCAGAAAGGAAAGGAAAGUGUCUAUUGGGCAAUGGGUUCAAAUUGUAGAAGAUCUUAUUAUAAUGCAAGCUACAGUUGCUGUUGCAGCCAACUUUGGCACUUUAAAUUUACCCCAACCUGAUGUCAAACGUCAUCACUUUUGGUCUCAGCCAAAGACUUCAAAUUCUGAUACAAGGAAAUACAUUGAUUUAUAUCCUAUCCAAAUGUCAUCUAUUAACCAUCUUGAAAAUGGGAAAUCUGUUCUUUCAACCAAUUUUGAUACUUAUACUUUAAUUUUGCAAUUGGGAGCAAUUUUGGCAACUGUUCCCGAGUGGAAAUAUAGCUUGUAUACACUAAGAGUUAUUGUUUUUGUUGAAAAUCAAUCAGAAGUGAAUGAUGAGAAGAAAAGAGUAAGUGAAUUGUUAUCUACGUUGAGAAUUGAAGCUGAGGUUAAGAUUAUAUGUCUUGACGAUGGCUCUUUAGAUUCAUAUAAUUUGCUAGUGAAAGGCUAUGCAAGAACGUCAGGUAAUAAGAAAGUAUUUGAUAGACUUGAUAGGACUUUAAAGAAUGACCAAUGGUGGAAAAACCUAUGUAAUGCUAGACGUAUACUAAAGGAAUUGGAGAAACAGAAAGUACGGAAACAAUUUAAGAAGAAUCUCUCAACGCAAUCAGACGUGGAUGAAGCGUUGAAGAACAUCACUUCAUUGGACUUGAAUCACCCUUCAUCUCGUGCAGUACCUUCUAACUAUCCAAGUUCAAAUAAUGGGUUCAAAAAUAACAGAAGGUAUACAAUUUCUAACUUACAGGAUAAGGGACUUUCCUUAUCAUUCAAUAUGAAAACUCAGCAACACGACUUCUUUGCAUUUGAAGACUCAUCAACUAGUGAUUCAAGUGACAGUGAAAGAGAUGACGGUUCUACUAGUAUUAAGAACCAUUUUGGAACUACCACACUUGAUAACUACCCUUCCCGUUUUUCGAAUACUGAUGAUAAUCAAUCACCAUCGAAUAAGAAUCUUCAAGAUAUGGAUGAGCAUGCUCAAUUAAAAACAUUAGCAAGAUUGAAGGAAUACGAUGAUCUGAAAUUAGGGAGAAAUGAAGCUUCUACAGAUCGAUUAUCGAUAAUGUCAUCUAGGUCUAAUUUAAUGCCGAAUUUCCUGUCGGUUAAAUUUCCAAAAGCAAAGUUUGACGAUGAUGAUCAUGAAGUAGAUGGAGAUAAUCCUUCUAUAAGAUUCGUGAUUGACGAUGAUAGCGACAGCGACGAUGAAAAAGAAAAGGAAGAUGCAAAAGAAGAAGCCACAGAAGUGGCUAAAAGAAAUAGGUUCACAAAGGUAACCACUAGCGCUGAUAGAGAGAGAGGUAUCAGCCAUGGCUCAAGACUUGAACAAAAAGGAAAGAAGGGAAGUAAAAAAUCCGAUAUCAUUAAUGCUUUGAAAUCUAAAGGCAUAUUAGAAGAGCCUCCGAAGUCGUCGCCUUUUAUGACAAAUGAUGAUGAUAUUAUUCGUCGUAUGAAUAGUCCAGAAUUUCUAAGUGUUGAAAAUGAAGGAGAGAAUGAUACGGAAAAAAUUCCAUCUGGAGGAUUAUCUUCUUUACCAAACAGUGCUUUAUCUGGGUUUGAAGAAGGAAGUGGAGUUCACUCAACUAGCGAGUCGGGCCCUCAGAGUGCAGAAUCUCAUGAAGGGAAAGGUCUCACUCAAAAACAAUUGCAAGACGCGCUUAAAAGUCUAUCGUUUAAUGAUUUACCUGCUAAAGGGCAGCAUCUUAUUUUGAAUGAAUUGAUGAGAAUUAACUCUCCAUUAGAUCAAACCGACGUUAUUUUUUCCACCUUACCAGCCCCAUUGAUUGGCACACAUCUAGAUGAAGAAGAAUCCUUUAUCUACACCCAUAACGUAGCUAUAUGGGCUGAUGGUUUGCCCCCUCUUUUACUUAUUAACUCUCAAACGGUUACUGUAACCACUGCAUUAUGA